CUGUUGCUUCAUCUGAAGGAGAAGUGAAUCCUGAGCAGGAUGCAGCGGCCAGUGGCCGGUGACAGGAGCACAGCCAUUCCCUCCCGGUACCCGUCCCAGGCCGGCCUCACUCCUGGCUCGUACUACACGCACCGCAUCAUCGAGGAUCCCGAGUGGUCCCUUGCCACUGUGCCCCACCUCACUGAGCUCUGUCUCCAGCACAUCGCUGACAAUUUUGAAAAGAACCCUAUUUUGGACUGUCUUCUGCCUGAACACCAAAAGAAGGUGCUGGCCAGGCUCUCCACUGGCCUUCCACUUGCUGUGACUGCCAACCUAGUAAGCGAUGAGGACUACUGGAAGAGGUGCUGCACUGAGCGCUGGCAAGUGUGUGAUAUCGCCGCCUAUGGAGAUAGCUGGAAACGGAUGUUCUUCGAACGUCACCUGGAGAACAUCCUGAAAUGUUUCAUCCCUAACACCACAGAUCCCAACCGAGUCCUAGAGCUCAUCCCUCUCUGCAAAGACUAUGUGCGAAAACUGGAGGUUGAUCAGUUCCUACCACCAGUGCAGGUGGAUCAAAAGGAGGAGAAGGAUGACCUCUCUGAUUUUGGAUUCAACGAGGUCUCCAUGCAUCACUAUGACCUGGGAGCCCUCAUUACUGCUCUCCCUCAUCUUGAAGAGCUUCAUCUUACUUACGGCGUGAAGGACUGUGGCAUGAACUUCGAGUGGAAGCUCUUUAACUUUACCCACCAGGACUGCUGCAACCUAGCUGCCGCUGUGAAGAUGUGCCACAACAUGAAAGUUUUCAAGCUGACACAAAGCAAAGUUGAUGAUGAGAAGACCAAGCUGCUGGUCCGUAACUUGCUGGAUCACCCCUGCUUGGUUGAGCUGAACUUAUCCCAUAAUCUCAUUGGGGACAAGGGGGCACAAGCUGUUGGCAAAUUGAUCAACCGCAGCAGAUUAGAGACCCUCAAUCUGUGUAACAACCAAAUCCAUCACCUGGGGGCUCAGGCUCUUGCUCAAGCCUUGGCUGAGAACUCCACCUUGACCUCCCUGAAUCUGCGCCUCAACUAUGUGGAGGACAAAGGUGGGCAGGCGAUAGGUCAUGCCCUGCUGACCAACACCACUCUGAAGUCCAUCCAUCUGGGAAGUAAUAACCUGUCGGAGCCAACUGCUACACUUUUCUCCCAGGUCCUGGUUCAGAAUACCACCCUGAUAAGUAUCAACUUCUCGUGCAACCACCUGGGGCUGGAUGGUGGGAAGCAGCUGCUCAAAGGGCUGGCGGAUAACAAGGCUUUGACCGAGUUUGACCUCCGCAUGACAGAGGUGGGCCAGGAGACUGAGUACCUCAUUCACCAAAUUGUGUGGGCCAACCAGGAAGCAGCAAGGCUGAGGCCUAUGCAGUGCUCUACCACCAAACCCCUCUGA